CGUUCCAAACCCUUCUUCUUCUUUCGAUCGAUAUUGCUUUGUUUCCUGUGCGAUGGUGGAGCUUUGCUCUUCUUAGUUGGUGUGAUCUUGCCCUAGUUUCUUCAUCAUGAUUCCUUGGGGUGGAGUAGGAUGCUGCCUCAGUGCUGCUGCGCUCUACUUCUUGGGAAGGAGAAGCGGCAGGGAUGCUGAAGCUCUCGAUUCAGUUACUAGGGUCAAUCAAUUGAAGGAUUUGGCAAGUCUCCUGGAUACCGCCUGCAAAGUUUUGCCUUUGGUAGUAAGUGUUUCUGGACGUGUUGGCUCAGAUACACCUAUCAAUUGUGAACAUAGUGGUCUGAGAGGUGUAAUAGUUGAAGAAACGGCAGAACAGCACUUCCUUAAGCACAAUGAUGCUGGGUCAUGGGUACAAGACUCUGCUUUGAUGCUUUCCAUGAGUAGAGAAGUUCCUUGGUACCUAGAUGAUGGUACUGGACGUGUUUAUGUUGUGGGUGCUCGAGGUGCUUCUGGCCUUGUUUUAACUGUUGCAACAGAAGUUUUUGAGGAGUCAGGGCGAUCUCUAGUGCGUGGAACACUAGAUUAUCUCCAAGGCCUCAAGAUGCUUGGAGUAAAGCGCGUAGAAAGAGUUCUUCCCACUGGCACAUCCUUGACAGUCAUUGGGGAGGCAGUAAAAGAUGAUGUUGGUAAAAUUCGUAUUCAGCGGCCCCAUAAAGGAGCAUUUUAUGUUUCUCCAAAAAAUAUAGAUCAAUUGAUUUUAUACAUGGGGAAAUGGGCUACAUGGUACAAGUAUGCAUCCUAUGGAUUCAGUGUAUUCGGUAUCUAUCUAUUGGCGAAGCAUGCAGUUCAAUUUAUUUUGGAGCGUAGGAGGCGCUCAGAUUUGCGGAAAAGAGUUUUAGCUGCAGCUGCACAACAGAAUGCUGAAGCAGGGCCAAAUGGAACAGCUGAGAAUGGAGCAGAAUGUAAAAGGGACGCUCAAAUGCCUGACUUAUGUGUUAUUUGCACUGAGCAAAGAUAUAAUACUGUUUUUGUUUCGUGUGGACAUAUGUGCUGUUGCGCGAAUUGCUCGUCCCGCUUGACCAACUGUCCGUUAUGUCGGAGAUGGAUCACCCAAGCCAUUAAAGCUUACCGCCAUUGAAAACUAAUAGAUGUACAAAAGGCUUCGUCUUCAGUUCACAGGCAAAUGCUGUGAUCCUUCCGAUCCUACUGCUGCCAGUGUGAUCAUAUUUUGCGUAUCGAUAUAUCAAAAUUGUUCAUUACUGUGGAUAUAACAACUAAGAAUUUUCAUUACUACCAGUGAGUAAUGGACCAUCUUGAUUUGAUUGGCUUGGUUGUGUGGAUAUAAACUGCCUGGUUUUCCA